AUGGAGGCCCACCAACACUCCCCAGAUAGCAGCAGUGAGGAGUGCACCGUCCUGGAGGCUCCGCCUGGCAAAAACACCUGCCCACAGCACGCAGGGAAGGUGUCUGACCUGUUCUGUUCGGCCUGCGAGUGUGCGCUGUGUGAAGAAUGUGUGUCGGACCAUGGAGAGCACCCUAAGGUGCCGCUCGGCCGGGGCCUGGAGCAGCACCGCAGCAGCCUGCAGGAGAGGCUGGGCACCGUCCAGGCCAGACUCCCUCAGAUUUCAGAUGCCCUGUCCUUCAUUCGGGAGAUCCUCCAGCAGCUGACCAAUCAGAGAGCUUCCAUCGAGGAGGACAUCCAGUCCAGCUUCGAGGACCUGCACAAGCAGCUGGAUGUCCGAAAGAGCGUUCUGCUCAUGGAGCUGGAGGUGACAUACGGACUCAAACAGAAGGUCCUGCAGGCCCAGGUAGACAGCCUUGCCCGGGGAGAGGGUGACAUCGCUGCUACCUGCACCCAGACGGAGGAGGCGCUGGCCGGGGAGGCGUGUGUGGCGAGCCUGCAGGCGGAGCAGGAGCUGGGGGAAAGGCUGGCGGAGCUGGCUGGCCUCGGACUGCCAUGUCAGCCAGAGGAGAACGACCAGCUGGACCUGGUGAUGGAGACAGACGGGCUGAGGAAAUCCAUACACAACCUGGGGACCAUCGUCACCACCAGUGCGGUGGCAAGCCAGAGUGAAGCCAUGGGAAUUGGGCUGGAACAGUGCAUUGUGGGACAUCCCGCCUCAGUUACCAUAGUAACAAGAGACAAGUCAGGGGGAGCCUGCAAGAGCGGCAAUGCGAUCCUGUCAGCUGAGGUGUUCACCCCAGACGGCAGCAUCGUGGACGGAGAAAUCGUGGACCACAAGAACGGGACUUAUGAGUUUGUGUACACGGUGCCGAAAGAAGGCAACUUCUCAUUGGCUCUCCGCCUGUACGACCAGCACAUCAAGGGAAGUCCCUUCAAACUGACCGUCGCCAGGGCCUUAGAGGUGUCUCCCUCCACCACCACGGCAACCAACUCAGCAGCCAAUGCCACCCCAUCCACGGGCUCCUCUGAGGGGGCCAAGAGACGCGGGAAAUCCCCUGGACAGAAGAAGAAGGGCUCCAAAAGGGCCAGCAGCGCCCUGGGCACCCCGCGACGCAAAACUCAAAACCCCAUCGAGGAUGACCUCAUUUUCAGGAUUGGAACAAAGGGGAGGAAUAAAGGAGAGUUCACCAACCUUCAAGGAGUGGCUGCCUCCUCCAGCGGCAGGAUACUGAUUGCCGACAGCAACAAUCAGUGUGUCCAGAUUUUCUCCAACGAGGGGGAAUUUAAGAGUCGCUUCGGGGUGCGGGGACGGUCACCGGGGCAACUACAACGCCCCACGGGCGUGGCUGUGCACCCCAGCGGUGACAUCAUCAUUGCCGACUAUGACAACAAGUGGGUCAGCAUCUUCUCCUGUGAGGGCAAGUUCAAGGCAAAGCUUGGCUCUGGUCGACUCAUGGGGCCAAAGGGCGUGUCCGUGGACCAGAACGGUCACGUGAUCGUGGUUGACAACAAGGCAUGCACUGUCUUCAUCUUCCAGCUGACUGGCAAACUCAUCACCAAGUUUGGUAGCCGCGGCAACGGUGACAAGCAGUUUGCAGGUCCACACUUUGCAGCAGUGAACAAGAACAAUGAGAUCAUCGUGACUGACUUCCAUAACCACUCUGUCAAGGUUUUCACCCCAGAGGGAGAGCUGGUGUUGAAAUUCGGCUCAAAUGGGGAAGGAAACGGCCAGUUCAACGCUCCCACUGGUGUGGCCGUGGAUGUUAACGGGAACAUCAUCGUGGCUGACUGGGGAAACAGCAGAAUCCAGGUGUUUGACGGCAGUGGUUCCUUCCUGUCCUACAUCAACACGUCGGCGGACCCUCUGUAUGGACCCCAAGGCCUGGCUCUGACCUCAGAUGGACACGUGGUAGUGGCCGACUCUGGAAACCACUGCUUCAAAGUCUACCGCUACCUGCAAUGA